CAGCACCCAAUCGCCCCUCUGGCUAACCAGAGCUAAAGCAGUUUGGUGGAUAGACCUACCUCAUCGAAGGCCACCAAAAACCCGCAACCGUCCCGCAAGGCCUAGAAGUGAGAGAGAAGAAACCAAUUGAUUUAUAUUGGAUAUUGGAUUUGGUAUUGAAGAUGACAAUGCUAAUGUGAUAAUUCAAAUACGUGGCUACAUGCGUUAAUGCUUUUAGGUGUAAGACUGGUUGCAGUCAGGAACUUUUGUGGAGCAUUACCUUCUGUGAUAGAAAAAAUGAGCAAAAGAGAAAGAUGGAAUGCGGAAAAGACUGCUUUGAAAAAGCGCAGACAGGAGAAAAAACGGUCUGUAGAAGAUUUUGAUCAUUAUGAGAAUUCAAGCAUCAGUGACUACUACAUAGAUGGAAUUUUCAAAAAGGUUUAUUUAAAAUCUAUUUCUGUGUACUGACAGGUCUUCCCAUAUCACUUUGUGUUCAAAGCGUACACAAAAAACAGAUGGAUUGGUCGUAAGCUUUAUGAUGUCCUGCAGUCUGAGUUUCGUUAUGUCUCAAAUGAAGAAAUCGCUAGGCGGUGCGAGUUCGGUGACAUUCUUAUUAAUGAUGCGAAAGUUGAUCCUGACUAUGUAAUGAACGAUAGUGACCUCCUUUCCCAGAGAGUCCAUCGCCAUGAAUGCCCUGUUUUGAACUUACCCAUAGAAUUUCUGCACAACUCGGAAAAUGUGUUGGUAAUCAACAAACCACCUUCAAUACCGAUCCAUCCUUGUGGUCAGUACACUUUAAACAGUAUUACACAUAUCCUGGCCAAAGAAUAUGGUCUUCGUCCUCUGCGAUUUACCCAUCGACUUGACAGAAUGACUUCAGGAUUACUUCUGAUUGCCAAGACCUAUGAUACAUCUGUUCGCCUGCAUUCACAGAUUGCUAAUAAAGAGGUAACGAAGUAUUAUAUAUGUCAUGUGGAAGGAUGUUUUCCUACUGAAACAAGGCCAGACGAUUGCUGCGUUGAUUUUGAAGUAAGUGAUGGAGUAGUGAUUUGUGAUAAACCCGUUGGUCCGAUCAGCCGUAAAAUGGGGAUCCACGCUGUCUUGUCAGAAUCGGCUGGUGGUAAAUCUGCUCGUACGCAUUUCAUGCGCUUAAGCUACAACCCUGUCACAAAUACAAGUUUAGUCAUCUGUCGAUUGUUCACUGGACGUACUCAUCAGAUUCGAAUUCACGUGCAGUACUUGGGUUAUCCUAUUGUCGAUGAUCCUUUAUACAAUUCAACUGAUUGGGGUCAAUUGAAAGGAAAAGGUGCUGAAUAUGGAAUGACUGUUGAAGAAGUUAUUGAAAAGUUAGGCAACUCACUUAAUCGAGAGAAAUAUAUUACUCAACAGACGGAUGGGAUGCUGAAAAACUCUCUGGAUCCCGAAGUAUCCGCUCGGCUUCAAUCCUGUGUAGACCCUACAUGCUCUGAUUGCAAAUUGACUUUCAAAGAUCCAACCAUGAACCAUCUGAUAUUAAGACUGCAUGCGUAUCGUUAUAGCGGACCAGAUUGGUGCUACUCUGCGCCUUUACCAAGUUGGGCUAAAGAUGAAAACGUUUUAGAUUUGGAUAAUCUGAUCGAAGAAGCCGUAAAAAAGUUAUGAACAGUUACCUGUAUCAACUUUCUUCAGAAAUGUACAGUUCUCGUUCCCGUGUAUAGGUUUAAAGCGCUUACAAGUUUACUUUUCUCCAGGCAUUUUUACUUACUGUGUGUUCACUGGUUGCAUAAAUUGUAUUUUUAAGUACUUCACGAUCAUACUGUUAAUACUGCUUCCAUUUUUUCCUUAUAUGUAUAACUCUUAGUCGCUUGUAGUUUCUUUUCUACAUUUUAUUUAUUUCAUUUGCCAGAAAAGUUAUACAAAUAUUUUGGAGCUAAGCUUUCGUUUCGUUUCUGACAGUUGUUUCCAUUUCUAAAGAUUUAAACAUAAGGAAGUUGAAUAAGCGCUUAAUUUGCCUCAUAUCGUAAUCAUGCUCGGAAAGAGUAGUGAAUAAAUCUGAUCUAUCUUUGUAAAACUGUAGUGCUAAUGCAUUCAUUGUUGUUUGUGUAACUGAAUUCACAAUAUUCCUAAAAUCAGCUCUUUAUGGUAUUGUUCCCGCUAAAAUAGUCUCCUGAAGAUGAGAUUGCUGCAAAAUAACAGUAGUAAGUGUUAAAAAGUCCACAAAUACAUUCAGUAUUUUAAUUCGCUG